GACGGGUAACUACUCAUUCAGAGCCAAAGAGUUGAGCUGAAAGCAGUCAACAUGUUCAGGUUUUCUUUGACAGUCUGUGUUUGUCUGAUACUUGGCAUCAGCGCAAAGCCAUACAAACCCUGGAAUGAACUCACAGAUGGAGAAUUCCAGCAUACGGUUAUGUCCUUAAAGGAAGGACGCAUGGAAGUAGAGCCUCCUGAGGACAUGGAUGAGACUCACUAUGAGAUCGACCCUCACAUGAUGAUCUGGAAGGACACAAAACCCUUGAAGGAUGACGAAGACUUGGAUAAGCUGUACCAUCCUUUAAUGGCUGAUCUCCUCAAUCGUCAUAAAGAAAACCUGGAGGCCCUCUCUGCUGCUGACAUCCAGGCAGAACCCUGGCAGGAAGUUACCCACUUGAAGAACCAUCAGGAACUCGAGAAGGCUAAAGAUGACAUCAAGGACUGGGAUGAAGUCUACCGCCAAGCGAGGAAGGAGCUGGACGUGUAUCUAGCUCCACUAAUUGCUGGACACAAUGCUGGUGAAGAGGUCCGCGUUGCUCAGCCUGAACCAGAGAAGAAUGAGUACGGGCUGCGUCACCGUGACAACCAGGGUUUACCAGGGCAGAUGGAGCUGGUGAGGCAGGAGGUCGAGGGGGGAAGUGAGGUCAGAGUUCACCUUCAUCCAGAGGAGGAUAUGGAUUCCCUGUACCACGAAGACCUAUCCAAAGUCACCGGUCACCAAGAGGAUACUGAAGCUGUCGCUCCUGUUAAUUUCCCAUCCCAGAGGAGGUACAGCCAACCAGAGGAGGAUCUGGACCAUCUCUACCACCAGUGAUCUUUCAACCACUCAUCCUGGGAAGAUCCCUAUCAUUUCAGACCAUACACAGGAAAAUAAAUUAGUAAAGAAGUGUCAUUUGAUUUCAUUAAACUGUCUCAACGAAUGAACAUAAAUUGUUAUUAUUUAACACAUUUGUACAUCAAAGACUUUGUGUAUUUCAUUGGUCAUGCAAUAGUUCAUUUCUGCUACAUCUAAACAUAUUUUAUCAGAGAUUAUAAGAACAAUGUUUUGAAGUGGAAACGGAAAAACCCUGAAAAUAAAUUUCAUGCAAA